AUGUUCGUCGAUUCUGGAUCGGACGCAAACCUGAUCAUUGCAGAUUCAUGGGAGCUAUUGAAGACUAAACGUGUCGACGUGCGUUGUUGUCAGAAGGGCAGCUCUAAAAUACUGAAAGCGUAUGGAAGUCAAACUCCUUUAGAUAUCUUGGGAACAUUCAGCGCCUCCAUCACCGUCGGUGGUCGAACGGUCAACGCCGAUUUUUUCGUCGUUGUUAAAGGUCAACGAAACCUUCUUGGAGACACAACUGCAAAAGAACUUGGAGUCCUCAAAAUUGGAAUGGAUAUUUGUCGAGUUGCCAAACCAAUCGACCAGGAGCUGUCACCUUUUCCGAAGAUAAAGGAUGUGCAAGUCCAUAUCCAGAUGGAUCCAAACAUUGUACCGGUAUUUCAACCGCUCCGUCGAAUUCCUAUUCCACUGGAGGAUGCUGUCAAUAAAAAGCUGGAUGACCUAUUGGCAAGGGAUAUCAUCGAGAAGAAGACAGGCCCAGCAACCUGGGUCUCUCUCUUACUGGUUGCAAAUAAGGCGAACGGCGAAAUAAGGCUCUGUGUUGACUUGAGGCGUGUGAAUCAAGCAGUAAUCCGUGACCGCCAUCCAAUGCCGGUAAUAGAAGACGUGCUGGCUAUAGUAGGGCGAGGAAAUGUGUGGAGCACGUUGGACGUCAAAGAUGCCUUUUUCCUAUUGGAACUGGAUGAAGCAUCCAGGGAUGUCGUAACCUUCAUAUCGCAUCGAGGCCUUUACCGAUUCAAGCGUUUGCCUUUUGGCCUCGUGUCCGCUCCCGAGAUAUUUCAGCGCACAAUGGACGAGAUGCUCACUGACUGUGAGGGAGCAUAUUGGUAUCUCGACGAUGUAGGAGUUGAAGGUCGUACCGUAGAAGAGCAUGACUCUCGUUUAAAAAAGGUAUAA